UCCUUCCACACAGCGGGGCUGGGCACACAUCUGUCUGCGGUGUUAGGGGAGGUUAAAGGCAUUUGCACAAAUUCUCACCAAAGCAGCCCACUCUCCAGGCAAGUUGUAGCACUAAUAACGUAAAGGCUGAGGAAAGAAACGGGUUGGGAAUGUGAACUGUAGGAGCUGCUUUGUUGGGGUCAGAAAGAACGAGCAGCACCUGCCCGAAGCAGGCAGGCAGCUGGUGCUGUGCAUCCAUCCUACCUGCACUGGUCUGCAGGUGAAGUUUGCCUUCCUUCUGCAUGUGGGAUUUCUCCAUUCUCGUGUGGUUGUGCCCUUUUACUCUCUUUCUCUGCGCUGAUAAAUUCUAGGUGUAGAAUUUAUCCCCAGGAGCAAGCUGUCAUGAACAAACGUAUAUCUUAUUUCUGCAACUAAAGAUGAUCUAUUCCAUAAGGAAGGAGAAGUCCAGGAACUGAUGAUGGUGCAGUUGUAUUUCUUUGGUUGCAAGAGGUGCACAAGAACACGCUGGUGUAGCAGAACAAGGCUCAGCGUCCUGAACAGAUGGAGUAGGGGAAAAUGAACCAUUUCUCAUUACAGCCCAUGACUGAGAGGGCUCAAUAAACUGACAGAAAAGUGCAUUUAUAAAAGCCAAAUCUAAAACACCUGUUCAGAGCACACAGCUUCACAUGGGAACAGCUCCAUAACACCCUUGCCUAUUACUUUCCUUAGCUUGGACUUCUUCCACCCUUUUCUUCAUGGGCAUUCUUUUGACUUUACAUGUGGCCAGCCCAAAUAUCAGGGAAUCUUUCCCAUGACAGCAGCUGGUGAGAGCAGAGGGGGAGAAAUGGCAAGGUCAGCAGCUGAGAGUCAGUUAUGGAAGAUAAACCAGGAUGUUGUUCAUCUGCGUAAGUCAAAUAUCUCUUUUCACAUAAGGAGUCAGGAUCAGCCUCCUACACAGUGCUGACCACAGAGCGAACACCCAGACAGCGGCUGUGUGUGGGUGAACUGCUCUAAAACCCUACACUGGCCAACUAAAGGGAGGGCCCAAGCACAGGGAGAGAGAACUGCAAGAGGCAAUUUCUCUCUUCCCAGCAUAAAAGAAAAGUCUCUUGCUUUGUGAGCUCCGAGCAAUCAAGGUGAAAUAUAAACUAAGCUCUAGGUAACUGUCCAGCUUGCACAAACAGUGCCAUUAAGCCUGUCCCUUUGUCACUGCAGUCCCAGACGCUUCCUGUCUUUUUCAGCUCUUGUCCUCUCAGCUUAAGAAAAGGCUUGAAAUAAUUGUUACUCAGCAGCAAUAGCCUAGCUACCAGACUAGGUCUUCUUGGACUCCCAUACAACUCUGUAGUGCAAAAGUCAGAGAUCCAAAACUGUGGAUAAAGAUCUUUUCAGUAGCGUUCAAAGCCGAAAGCUGCUGAAAAGUCCAGAUGACAUUGUCAAUAAGGCAUCCCAUGGAUGGGAAAACCAAAUAGUUCUGCUGUCAUGGUCUUUUAAAUAAGCAUCCCAAAUGGCAAUGUGAAUUUUGUUUCCUCAGAUGCUCCCUGGAGAUUCAGGCUUUUGAGAAAAGGGUUUGUUUAUAAGUCAUGUUUUUAAUUUACAACAAUAAUAAAGUAAAAAUGCAAAUCUCCUGUGUUUUGCUCACAGCUGCGUUCUCUGUAUCAGGCCUUCUGUGGCUGAAUACAGACAAAUGAAGAGCUCUUUUUUAUCAGUUGAACUGAGAGUUAUACCAUCAUGCACUCGAAGGCCUCAUUUAUGGAGCAGACACUCCAAUCUGCCAGGAUCCCUGCCCUGCGCUGAGAAAGCCAGCCAGUCUCUCAGCAAAUAUGGGUAUAACUCAGCAGAUGCUACACCUGGCCAAGCCAAACUGCCAGCCUGGGCCACCACUAGAGAGGAUCCCACCGAACACCAAUUUCUGUCUCCCACCAACCUGCAGCAUCCAAAACCUCCUGAAAUCACCUCUCUGUCUUCAGACAAAAAGAAACGAACCCAGUCUUCUACAGAAAACAGCACAGGGCUGAGGAAACACCUCCUGCAGUACGGAGGGACCCUGCCUCUGGAACCUGCAAGCGAGGGGCCUUCUCCCACCUCCUUUGACUUGAAUCAGGCAAACAGAAAGCAGGCGGACAGGCGGCUGGCUGAGGCUGCUAACAGCGUGUCAGCUCAUUUCCAGCACACAGCAUCUUCCUAUCAUAAGAUCACAUCCUUACUGGGGGCUCAUCCUUUUCUAGACUCUGGAACAGCAGAGUCAGCUGAUCCUAACGUGCUGGAUCAUUUCAACCGACCAGGCAAGAUAAACCCCUAUAAAAGCACUGAACUGUUGAAAAUGAUCAGCAAACCCUCCUGGGUCACCAACCGCCAGCCACCCAGCUUGCCAUACCAUUUCAGCAUGCUGAAGAAAGGUGCUGACAUGGAGAAGGCAUGUCUGACCGAGUGCAGGAAAGAGAGAGAUGAAGCGGAGGCCUACUGCACGAGUGAAUUUGCAGUGAAUGGAAUUGUUUAUAACACGGAAAGACUGGGGAGUGGAGUCCACUUGAUUACACUUUUGGUAAACAGUGAUGGACUAUACAAGAUGAGCCGCCUGUAUAUUACUCCUGAUGGCUUCUUCUUCCGAGUUCACAUUCUAGUUGUGGAUUCUUUCAACUGCAGCAAACCAUGUCCAGACUUCAAACUUGGCAGCAGAUACAUUGUGAUGGGUCAGAUCUACCACAAGAGAAGACAGAUCCCUGCAAACCUAGUGCAGUUCCUGCGUGGGCACCUGAGGCCAGGGGACGGCUUGCUUGCAAGCAGCAGCAGCUAUGUGAAGAGAUUCAACAGGAAAACGGACCGCAAAGUGCAAGGGGCUCGCACUAAAUGCAGAUAAGGCUUCAUAAGCUCCUCCUGUAACGCAGGCAGCAGUAGAAUUUACCUACCAGAAUAAACAUUGUGAUUUAGCAACAGUGGGAGGUAGUUCUACUGAUGCCUGAAACUGAUUGUGAUAGCACUUGCAUUUGUGCUGUAGCAAACACUAGCUGAAUGUUCUGACUAGCUACCUAUAACAUAGCACAAAAGUCCAUCUACAGUAACUGGUCAUAAACUUGCUCUAGCUGUUUUCAGAGCCACAGGCUAUUGCCUCCUCUGCUAUAACGUACCACUGAUAAUCUGUAGUGACUGUAAAGUGAAAUUCUGAAGACAUGGUUCUUAGGUACACAAGAAGUAACUGUACUUCCAAGCCCUUCACCUCAAACAAACCUUAGAGGAUGUCAAAUCUAUAGAGAAUGUCAGUUGCGUUUUCACUCAGCUCUUAAGUAUUAUAUACAUUUGAUGAAAAAGAAACCAACAAAACUAAGUAUCUUUCAUAUUAUGUUGGUCUCCUCAAAUACACUCCUUUAGACAGAAUUGAGUUUUCAUAUAAAGCUUAUAAAGUAGUGUAUUCAUAUACUUGAAUAAUUAACAACUAACUGAAAGCAAAUCAAGUAACUACACAACACAAAUGCCCAAUUAGGCUUACAAAUUAUGGCAGAAGUUCAUGCCAAGGAAUGCAAACUGAGUGUGCAAUUGCAAGCACAUUUUGUAUGCCUGGCUACCUUGUCAGUUCCUUAAAAGUUCAGCUUUAGAACUCUGUACUGAACGUUAUCUUCCCAUGAGAAUUAUCAAAUUUGCACUUGCACAUCAGAAGAUUUAUUCUGAAUCAAAGACACAACAUUUUAGUACCAUUAAGUGGUGGAGAUUUAAGAAUUCAAUUACACAAACAUUUUGCAAAGGGGAUCUCUUAAUGUUUACUGCUCCAACAGUCAGUAUUCACAAAUUCUAAGUCUUUACAAUAAAUCAAUAAAGUGUUCA